GAGAGAGAGAGAGAGAGAAGAUAUGGAAUAGAUUAACCAUUUUAGUCAUAAAAGCCACCCAUUAAAGCUCCUUGACCCUGAGAAGAUUGUAGGUGCUAGUGCCAAUGGUGGUGAGGAGAAAUCAAGGUUGAUUGGUUGUUAUGCAUGUGAAAAACCCAUAUCAAAUGGUUUUGCAUAUGCUUGCAUCUAAUGUCGUUACUUUCUACAUAAAUCAUGUGCACAACUUCCACUCACUAUCAACGACCCUUCCUUAUAUCAUCAUCAAUUAACACUUACUGAUUUGAAAGAUCUAGAUUCCAGAUAUUGGAAAUGUGCGGUGUGUUGUAUUCGAAAGAAAUCUAGGGUGUUUUCAUAUACUUUUAAAAACGAUGAUUUAUACAUCUUUGGAGUUUGCAUUGAUUGUUGUGUUGUUAGGAUUGCUCGCAAGGCUAAAGCAGAUGCUAUCAAGGAGGAGGCAAAGAUGAAGGAUCAACACGAAGGCCAUCCACAACACACUUUCACCCUACAGUUAAGACCUGCUGCAUUCCGGUGUGAUGCUUGCAAUUCUAUGGAUGAAGGCUUAUUCUUCCAAUGUGAUAGUUGCGACUUCUGGAUCCAUAAAACUUGUGCUUCCUUAGUACCUAUCAUCCACCUACCCCAUCAUCCCGAUCACGAACUGUUUCUCAUAUAUUCGCUUCCAGAAAUAUUCUUUAAUUUCUUGCAUUAUUGUGAAAUUUGCAAUGCAUACAUCGAGCGGAAUUAUUGGUUGUAUCAUUGUGCAAAUUGUAGAUAUUUUGUACAUAUUAGGUGUGCCUUAAAUGCACAGCGACCUUCUAGUACUGAAAGAGAUGUCUCAACUAGUACUUAUUUUGUUGAUGAAGAUGCAAAAGAUUUGCUUGAAUUUCCCAUGUUAGAGGCAUUCAUGGAUCCAUUAAAACUGCUACAUUUGGAUAAGACAUGUAUACAUGAUGAUAAGACUGAAGAGAUUAAACAUUGGAGCCAUCAUCAUCCAUUAAUCCUUAAUAAUGUUCAUCAAUUUAACAAUAUGUAUGGUAUGAUCUCUAGUAAUCCACUAGAGGUAUGUCACGGGUGUGUAAAACCCCUCUCCCUUCCAUACUAUACUUGCAAAGAUGGAUGUUCAUUCACUCUCCAUAAAUAUUGCUCCGAGUUACCACUCAAAUUACAACAUCCACUUCACUCGGAUCAUUCGCUUGACUUGAUAAACUUGUCGGGACACAGUAUAAGCUAUAAAUGCAUUGGUUGUUUUAGCAACGUCAACACAUUUUUGUACAACUGUAAAACUUGCAAGUUUUACCUUGAUGCCAAUUGCGCAUUUUUACCCAAAACCAUCAAACACAAAUCCUACAAGCAUCCUCUUAUCCAAGUUAUAGAUCCUGAUGCUUUUUGUAGUGCAUGUGACAAAUUUUAUAAAGGCAUAAGUUAUGCUUGUAAGCCUUGCAACUUCAUAUUAGACAUGUAUUGUGCAAUGAGGUCGCUGCAUUCCCUUGCUCAUAGAUAUUGCAAAGGACAUAAAAUCCCAUUGAUGUAUCCCCCGAUCAUGGAUCAUCCAGAAGACUUCUAUUGUGAUAUUUGUGAGAAAGAAAUGCACCCUAAGAUGCCAGUCUAUUAUUGUCACAAAUGCAAAAAUUCUUUUCAUCUUGAUUGCAUUAGUCGAAUCGAUUAUCAAGCAAACAUGUUGUACAAGGGCACAAUAAAUGUUUCCUAUCAUAAACAUCCAUUAACAUAUGUUCGGAGAAAGAAAACGCCCAUGUAUGUGUAUUCUAUUUGUAAUCAAGAUAUUAAUGGUUAUUUGAGCCUCGAAUGUCGGGCAAGAGUCUGUAAUUUCAAUAUUUGUUAUCAGUGUCAUCGUAGGAAGGAAUGAAUCCUCAAUCAUGUAAUAUAAAAUGUAGCAUCCAAUUCAA